AUGACUUCGGGUGUCGAUGACAUCGUGUCCGUUGGAGCCCAAACUUCCUCGUGGAAGCGCGACGUUUAUUUUGCGCCCGUUGCGACCUGCGUGACACUGCCCUCUCCAACUCUCCCCAUCACCACGGCAUUUCACUGGCCCAGACUACCCGCACAGGGUACGCGGAGGGUCCCUCCGCGUACCUUGGAUGGGCGCCUCCCACCGGUCAAUCAGGACAAUCUUAAUAUCGUGGGACGUCGCGACCAUGUGCGCGCCGUCAGCCAUGCCUCCAAGUGGACACAUCGCACAUGGCAACUGCACCGAUUGCGCAGCAAGACUGCCUUUGCAUCGUGGAGGAAUCCGAACUUGCCAAACCUUGCAUAUGAGGCUACGCCCAAGAAGGAGAUCGGUCCGACAGGCUGA